AUGGAGACGGGCCCGGCGCCCCUGGUGGCCCCGCCGCGCCGUCAUGGCGCCUCCGCGGCCCCCUCGCCGCCGCCCCGCGGCUCCCGGGCCGGGCCCGUCCUUGUGGUGGCUCCGGGACCGCCAGUGACCAUGGCCACUUCGGCCCCGGUCACCCUGGUGGCACCCGGGGAAGCGCAGCCAGCUUGGAUACAGGGGCCGGCCCAGACCUCGGCCCCGGCCCCGGUGGCCACGGGCAGCACGGUAGUGGUGCUAACUCUGGAGGCCUCACCUGAAGCCCUGAGAGCGCAGGUCUCCCCCGACCCAGAGCCCCUGGUGUCCGCGGAAGUCGAGACGUCGAUGGCUCUGGCCCCAGGAGUAGACUCUCCGAAGAUGGAGGAGGCUAAAACCUCAUCCACCCCUGGACCAGGGACCCCCACCAGGACCCCUUCCAGAGCGGUUUCUGAGGCCCUGACCGCCAAACCCCCGCUUGCCCCCAAGCCGGGAACCACAGUGGCCUCAGGAGUGACUGCGCGGGCUGCAGCAGUGAUCGCAGGACAGGUGAUAAGUGGACACGGAGCUGCAGCAGCAACAUCAGCAUCAACGGGACAGGCUCCAGAGGACUCCUCAGGGCCUGGCACAGGCCCCCCAGGGACAUGUGAGGCUCUGGUCGCUGCUGUGACGGUGACCCCUGCUCCAGAGCCUGCCGAAAACUCUCAGGACCUAGGCUCCACGUCCAGCCUGGGACCUGGCAUCUCUGGACCUCGGGGGCAGGCCCCAGACACUCUGAGCUACUUAGACUCCGUGAGCCUCAUGUCUGGGACCUUAGAGUCCUUGGCUGAUGAUGUGAGCUCCAUGGGCUCAGAUUCGGAGGUCAAUGGGCUGGCCCUGCGCAAGACGGACAAGUAUGGCUUUCUCGGUGGCAGCCAGUAUUCGGGCAGCCUAGAGAGUUCCAUUCCCUUGGAUGUGGCUCGGCAGCGGGAGCUCAAAUGGCUGGAGAUGUUCAGUAACUGGGAUAAAUGGCUUUCACGGCGUUUCCAGAAGGUGAAGCUGCGCUGCCGGAAGGGGAUCCCCUCAUCCCUCAGAGCCAAGGCCUGGCAGUACCUGUCCAACAGCAGGGAGCUCUUGGAGCAGAACCCUGGCAAGUUUGAGGAGCUGGAACGGGCUCCCGGGGACCCCAAGUGGCUGGAUGUGAUUGAGAAGGAUCUGCACCGCCAGUUCCCUUUCCACGAGAUGUUUGCUGCACGAGGGGGACAUGGGCAACAGGACCUAUACCGAAUCCUGAAGGCUUACACCAUCUACCGGCCCGACGAGGGCUACUGCCAGGCCCAGGCCCCCGUGGCCGCCGUGCUGCUCAUGCACAUGCCUGCUGAGCAAGCCUUUUGGUGCCUGGUGCAGAUCUGCGACAAGUACCUCCCUGGUUACUACAGUGCAGGGCUGGAGGCCAUCCAGCUGGACGGUGAAAUCUUCUUUGCUCUAUUGCGCCGGGCAUCCCCGCUGGCUCACCGGCACCUGCGGCGGCAGCGCAUUGACCCCGUGCUCUACAUGACGGAAUGGUUCAUGUGCAUCUUCGCCCGCACGCUGCCCUGGGCCUCCGUGCUGCGCGUCUGGGACAUGUUCUUCUGCGAAGGCGUGAAGAUCAUCUUCCGGGUGGCCCUGGUGCUGCUGCGGCACACUCUAGGCUCCGUGGAGAAGCUGCGCGCCUGCCAGGGCAUGUACGAGACCAUGGAGCAGCUGCGCAGCCUGCCCCCGCAGUGCAUGCAAGAGGACUUCCUGGUGCAUGAGGUGACCAACCUUCCAGUGACAGAAGCACUGAUUGAGCGCGAGAACACCACCCAGCUCAAGAAGUGGCGGGAAACCCGAGGGGAGCUGCAGUACCGGCCCUCCCGGCGACUGCACGGUUCCCGGGCCAUCCACGAGGAGCGCCGGCGACAGCAGCCCCCCCUGGGUCCCUCCUCCAGCCUCCUCAGCCUCCCUGGCCUCAAGAGCCGAGGCUCCCGGGCAGCUGGGGGGACUCCCUCUCCUCCCGCUGCUGCCCGCAGGGCCAGUGCUGGGCCUGCCCCUGGGCCUGUGGUCACCGCGGAGGGACUGCGUCCAUCUCUUCCGUCACCUACUGGCAACAGCACACCACUGGGUCCCAGCAAGGAGACCCGGAGGCAGGAGAAGGAGCGGCAGAAACAGGAGAAGGAGCGUGAGAAGAAGGAGCGGCAGAAACAGGAGAAGGAGCGGGAAAAACAGGAGAAGGAGCGGCAGAAGUGGGAAAAAGAGCAGAAGGAGCAGCAGAAGCAGGAGAAGGAGCGGCUGAAGCAGGAGAAGGAGCAACAGAAGCAGAAGAAGUCCCAAGGCAGGAAGCUUUCGCUGCGUCGGAAGGCAGAUGGGCCCCCAGCCCCCCAGGAUGGCGACGACCGGUCCUCGGCAUCUGAGGCCCACCAGGACGCUUACUUCUGACCUCUGCCCUGGGGCUGGACUGCAUGGCCCCCCUUUUUCCCCUUAGCCAAGAGCAGGCCCCUGGGCCGGCUGUCCUUUUCUGGGGAAGGUGGCUUGGUUCCUGUCUCCUUGCCAGCUGCUGACCCUGCAGCCAGGACGGUCAGUGCAUGGGGCAGCUGCGUUCCCUGGAGCAGCCGUUAACACAGGUCUGGGGCCCACACCUGCACAUAGGCCCAGCUGGGGUGUUUGUCACUCCUGCCCCGGUUUCCUCUGGGGUCCCUUCGCAGGGAUUGUCCUGAUUGGCCUUCUGUCAUCACAGGGGUGACUCCUGGCUAUGGGAGUCAGCAGUUUUCAGAUUCUUACACUCCUGUUGCUCCCCUCAUUCAUGAAGUGGAGCUGAGUCCCUUUCCCUUCUUCUGCCCUGCCUGUCUCCACAUCCUGGCUGGGGCCCAAUGCCCUCCUUGUUCAACACCUGGAUAUGUCUGGGUUGUAAUGACGUACAGAGGACCUGGUCGGCCCAGGGUGGGGUGUUUGCUCUGUCUUCUGUCCUUCAGUUCUUCCAUGGUGUUCUUGAACUCUGAUUUAUUUAAUGGGACAUGCACUGGAUAGGAAAUGUCCCCCACUCCUUGCUCUCCUUCCUCUGUAUUCUCAGGCUCCCCCUGCUUUGUCUCACUAGGGCCCACACCUGUCACCGUGUUCCCUUCCAAUUCUCCAGCCCCUCUUUGGGAAAGGGGUCUUCCCUUAAGCUCCCGGGGAUGGGACCCAAUGUUUACAUUCUCUUCUGUCUCUGCCCCCACCCGAUGCGGCGCUUUGAGAAACCAGAAAAGAACCUGCUGUUAUACCUGG